CUCCGAGGAGCGGUGUCUAUUCGGAAUUGUGUUCAUAAGUACUUGCUGGUGACUGAAGCCAUUUUAUAUUACAGAAUAAAUGGAGAGCAGAAAGGACGUUACAAAUGAAGAUAUUUGGGAAGUGAACGCUAGAAGAAGUCUAGAAGAUGAUUAUUUGACUAAGGACACAGGAGAGACCAGUAUGCUGAGAAGACCUGUGCUUUCACACUUGCAAGAAACACUCCAUGUUGAUGAAUUCGAUUGCCCAUCAGAACUUCAGCAUACACAGGAGCUCUUUCCAAAAUGGCGCUUGCCAAUCAAAAUAGCUGCUAUUGUAUCAUCUCUGACUUUUCUGUACACUCUUCUGAGGGAAGUAAUUCACCCUUUAGUAACUUCUCACCAGCAAUAUUUUUAUAGAAUUCCAAUCCUGGUCGUUAAUAAAGUCUUACCAAUGGUUUCCAUCACCCUCUUAGCACUGGUUUAUCUGCCAGGUGUGAUAGCAGCAGUUGUACAACUUCAUAAUGGAACUAAGUAUAAAAAAUUCCCACCGUGGUUGGACAGGUGGAUGUUAACACGAAAGCAGUUUGGGCUUCUCAGUUUCUUUUUUGCUGUACUACAUGCAAUUUAUAGCCUGUCUUAUCCAAUGCGGCGAUCCUACAGAUACAAGUUGCUGAAUUGGGCAUAUCAACAGGUCCAACAAAAUAAGGAAGAUGCCUGGAUCAAGCAUGAUGUUUGGAGAAUGGAGAUUUACCUGUCUCUGGGCAUUCUGGGACUUGCAAUACUAGCUCCCUUGGCUGUCACAUCUAUUCCAUCUGUGAGCAACUCUUUGACAUGGAGAGAAUUUCACUAUAUUCAGAGCAAGCUAGGAAUUGUUUCCCUUCUACUGGGUACAAUGCAUGCAUUGAUUUUUGCCUGGAAUAAAUGGGUAGAUACAAAACAAUUCAUAUGGUAUACACCUCCAACUUUCAUGAUAGCUAUUUUCCUUCCUAUUAUUGUCCUGAUAUGUAAAACCAUACUAUUCCUACCAUGCCUGAGGAAGAAGAUACUGAAGAUUCGACGUGGUUGGGAAGAUGUCACCAAAAUUGACAAAACUGAGAUGUCCUCCCAGUUGUAGAAGUACUAUUUACACAUAUUUUUGUUCCAUAUUCACAUGUUUUAUUGUAAACAUUUCAAAUUUGUGUUUGUUAAUAAAAU